AUGUUUUUGAAACUGUGCCAGGGCGGCCUGGCCCGAAGAGUCGCAAAGACCGUGCCCCGCGCGCCCGCGCAAAGGCGAGAAACGAGGACCUUCCGCUUUACAACGAAACUGAGCGAAUUGCACACCCAAGAUGGAGAAGUGGCUAGCUGCGAAAAUGGAAAGAAAAAAAAAAUUAUGACCUGUUCAGGCGAUUUUGUGGAAAAAGGAAAAAACACAGACAUGCACUUGGAGCGAAUGGAGCAGCGGCAGGGAGGUUUUUAUGUGGACCGGACAAGGAGUUCCACCUGUGAGGGUGACCUGGACUACGUAGGGGAGGCCGCCCCGGGGGAAGAAAACACUUUUGAUCGUGUUAACAAAGAAGGGGUGUCAGAAGAAUACAAAUUCAUCUUCGAGAGGCCAAAGCACAUUGCACACGUGGAUGACGAACCAGUGGUGAGGAGACCAGGAUGUAUAAUAGACAUAAAAACUCUGUUAAGAAACAAUUGGACCUUCCCAGCGGUGGGGUUUAAUAGCAAGUUAGAAAUCCCAGUGUACAAAUUUGAAUGUGGCCCUGAGGAUGAAAACAUAAAGUACGUGAGUGUGCCGAACGACAUAUUCGGGUUGCCCAUCAGGCCGGACAUACUACACAAGUGUUACUAUUUUUACAGAACUGCCCUGGCAGGGUACACAGAGCGAAUGCAACUGUACAAAUGGGAGUGGCCAGGCAGCACGAAAAAGUAUCGAAGUCAGAAGAAAAGUGGAAAAGCCAGAAUGAAUUGGAGAAAAACCUGCGGCCGCUAUCUGGGGGUGAAAAACCAUCCCCUUAGGCCAUUCGACCAGAGGACCAAAAUAAACAGAAAACUUCUCUGUAGGGGAAUGAAAAUUAUCUUAUCAGCCAAAUUUGCUCAGGACCAAAUAAAAGUCGUAGACAAUUUUUUAAUCAAAUCACAUAAGACGAAAUAUGCUGUCAAAUAUUUAAGAAAUAUUUUGGGGACCAACUGCAACAGCGCUCUGCUUGUCCAUGAAGGAAAAACCGAUGUUAACGACAAUUUUUUUUGGGCGUGUGCAAAUAUAGCUAGCGUUAAAAGGGAAAAUGUCCAAGGCGUGAACAUUUAUAACUUGCUGAAAUAUCGAUAUGUUGUCUUCACAUAUAAAUCAUUAAAAAAUUUAAUUUACGAACUGAAAACGUAUCCAUACAAAAUGAAGUGGCUUCCUACAUGUGCUACUCCAGACAAUUCGGUGGCGCCUGUACCAGAGAAGGUUAAAAAUUGGGACAUAACUUGGAAGGAAAAGAAAAGGAGAAAUAAUUUCGCCUUCUUCGAUAAAGAAGCUUUAAAAAAAAAUAUAGAAGAAUGGAAAUGGAGUAGCGAUUUGAAAGGUCCUCUCAAGGUUAAGAAGAAGGACCCCUACAAGAAUUUCAUUUUGACGAAAUUUUCCUGCCAUGAGCCCCUUCCUGAAUUUGUUAAAUAUGAGUACCUCUUCAAUGUUGAUGACUCUCUGGAUGGUGCACACGGGGACGUCGCCGCGGAUGCGGGGGGCAUCCUCGAGGAGAUGAUGAACGAUGAUGACUUCUUGGAGGGACGCUCGGCGUUGUCCGCGCUCGGGCUGGGUGCAGCCGAAAACGACCGAGGAGAAAUGGGCAAGGAAGGAGUCCACGACGCAGACAGUGAUGGCAACAGUGAUGACAACAGUGAUGGCAACAGUGAUGACAACAGUGAUGACAACAGUGAUGGCAACAGUGAUGACAACAGCGAUGAUAACUAG